UCUCUUUCUCUCUCUUUGCCUAUAUAUAAUAUAAUCUGAAUGGUCUCUUUCAGUUAAACCAGAAAGAAACCAAAGGCAAGCAACAAAGAAGGCAAAGGUUAUGCCUUUAAAGAGAGAGAAAAGGUCAUGCAUCUCUUCUGAUAUAACCACAUGAAACCCUAGCUUUAAACCUACCCUCAUUUUCGUAUCCGUUGUGGUUUCUUCUUGCUAUUAUUAUAUCUAUUUAUUAUUAAUAGCAGGGACAUGAUAUAUGUGAAUAGAAGGGGACGUUUUGGUUUUUAUUUUCUUCUCAUCAGUUUCUGGCACUGAGUAUUAUUAUGGCUGUUCAAGCACAGUUGUACCCUGAAACUUUCUGUCUUCCUCUCUCUUCUGGGUUGCAGGAUUAUUGGAUGGUUAAUAAUCCUGUUUCUGGGUUUGAACCUGAUUGUUGUUUUUCUUUUCAACAAUCUCAGCAGCAAAAUCUUUUUCUUCAACAACAGAGCUCUCAGAACUUUGGUUUUGAUAAUAAUAGAGCGACAGGCACAGGGGUUUCUUCUUCUUCUUCACAAUCAACUUGUGAUAGUUUUAUCUCUAUGGCUCUAGAUGCUCGUCAUCUUGAAAUGCAAAGGCGAGAGGUCGAUUGCAUUCUUCAAGUGCAGGUUUGAUGAGGCAAAAAGAAGAGGACUUGGCACAAGCAACAAAGAAAACAAUGGGGUUUGAAGCUUGUUUAAGAAAAGCGCAAGCAAAGAGAGAGUCAUGGCAAAGACAAGCAAGAGCAAAUGAAGCAAUGGUAAUAGAUCUAAGCAACACGCUUGAACAAGUUAGAGAGAGACUAGUGUUGGAAAAUAAUAUUGGCCAAGAUACAGAGUCCUUUUGCUGUGGGUCAUGCGAGAGAGAAAAAGAAAAAGAAGGGAGCAUAGGAUUGUGUUUGGAGUAUAUUAAAGAGGCGCAAGUCAGAGAUUUUAUCCCUUUUGUCACGACGGCGUCCUAUAUGUAAAAUUAGUCAGUCUACAUAAGAGGACACAUAGGUGUUUAUGGGUCUCAAUUAGUCCCGUUAGGUUUUCCCGUAGUCACAUAUCAUCAGCAGACACCAAAAUGAAAACAAAUUGUAAGUUUAAACACUCAAUUGU